AUGGAUCUUACCAUGUCAUCUUGCGCUCUCUCCUUGCUCUUCAUCAUGUCCCUCCAUAUUCACUUCCCGGUGCCAGCUUCCGGCGAGUUCCCACCGUUCCGAGAGUGCGCUCCUUUUGUUUGCGGAGAUCAACAAAUCAGCUAUCCUUUCAGGCAUAAUGAGCGACCGAGUUACUGUGGGUAUCCUGGCCACGAACUCGGCUGUGACGGACAUAACCUGACCUUGUCCAUGAUGUCACCGGAAUAUCGGGUGAUCCACAUGGAUAGGAAUGCGCAGGUCCUCGAGGUGGCGAGGACUGAUAUAGUGGAAGAUGUGUGUCGAAAAACCGAUGUUGACACCACUUUAAACUUCACUCUCUUCAACUACGCCUCUAGUGAUAUCAAUUUCACCUUGUUCUACAAUUGCAAUGUGUCGCCGUAUUCUCUAUCUUAUUUGUUCUUAUGUCGUACACAAUAUGGCUACCUUGUUCGGAACGCGGACCUUGAUCCCCAGUCCCCACGAUGCAACUUCAGGGCCCUUGUCAUGAUUGCAAGCGAAGCUCUAGCUCUACUGCAGUCACCUGACGAGAGCAACCGUCGCGCUAUUAUUGAGGUCCUGAGCAAAGGCUUUGAGAUCACCUGGAUUGCCGACACAUCGCAGUGCGAUGAUUGCACCAAAUCGGGGGGAAGAUGUGGGUAUGGCUGGACAAGGCAAGAGUUCAAUUGUUUUUGCUCUGAUGGAGUCUAUUCAACGACCUGCGACCGACAAAGAAUAGCUACAAUAGGUACUGCAACUGUGAUCGCCCUUAUUUUAAUACUUUCCAUCAGGAAAAAACCAAUGAUCAGAAAGAUUAUGGCUUUAGUGAAGCAGAGGAACGAACAUUUAGAUGGCGAAAUGAAAAUUGAGGGACUUGUCUCUUCGAGAAGAUACACCUACAGAGACAUCAAGAGGAUAACCAACUAUUUCGAAGAGAAGUUGGGUCAGGGAGGCUAUGGUUGUGUGUACAAAGGCAAGCUUCGAGAUGGUCAACUUGUGGCGGUGAAGCUUCUAACGAAGCUGAAAGGCGACGCCGAAGAAUUUUUCAAUGAAGUUGUGAGCAUCAGCAGGACUUCUCAUGUCAAUGUUGUCAGCCUCCUGGGGUUCUGUUUUGAAGGAAGUAAAAGAGCUUUAAUCUAUGAGUUCAUGCCCAAUGGAUCCCUUGAGAAGUUCAUCUUUAACAGGAGUAACGCAUUGGAGGUAGAUCAACUACUGAGUUGGGACACUUUGUAUCAGAUUUCCCUUGGCAUAGCUCACGGGCUAGAGUACUUGCAUAAAGGCUGCAACACAAGGAUCUUACACUUCGACAUAAAGCCUCAGAACAUUCUCCUUGAUGCAAGCUAUUGUCCCAAGAUUUCCGACUUUGGUCUUGCCAAAAUAUGCCCAAGAGAAGAGAGCAUCGUGUCAUUUCUUGGUGCCCGAGGCACCGUCGGAUACAUUGCUCCGGAGCUGAUCAUAAGGAACAUCGGAGGGGUUUCUCACAAAUCGGAUGUGUAUAGCUACGGCAUGAUGGUUCUUGAGAUGGUCGGUAAGACAAAAAUGCCAAAGUUGCAGUAG